AUGGGUUUGUCGAGGUAUAAAGAGCACAUUUGUGUUCCGAUGGACUCUGCUAUCAGACUAGAGAUUCUUGAUGAAUCUCAUGCUACUCCUUACUUGCUCCAUCUAGGCACCACAAAGAUAUAUACUAAGCCAUCACACUUUCUACAACUGAUGAGGAACUUUACAUUGGAUCAGUAUGUUGAUCUCUAUGUGAAAGAGAUAGAUGGACAAUCUGAGUGGAUGAUACAGAUAUUAGAAUACAUGCUACAAGCAUCCAUACUGGACUUUGAAGGGUCCUGUAGAAAGUAUUUGUCGAUGAUUGAGUUUUCUUACAACAACAGCUACCAAUCGACUAUUGGAGUAGAUCCAUAUGAGAUGUUUUAUGGCAGGAAAUGUAGAUCACCCAUCCAUUGGGAUGAAUUGGGUGAAAGGAAAUUUCUGGGUCCUAAAGCAGUUCAGGGGACCAAAGGGCUAUUCUGUUACAAUGUAAUGUUUUUCGGUUUCAAAAAUGCUGGAGCGACGUAUCAAAGACUGGUAAAUAGAAUGUUUGUUGAAAAAAUUUGA